GGCGGCGGGUCUGGUACAGGGCGCGGCGAGCACCCAGCCCAGCUGUGCAGUGGGAAGUGAUUCUUUGUGGCUCUUAAAUCAAGAUCUCAUCUUUGAAGCCCUGGUCCCUCCCGGUUUCUCCCGGUCUUCUCUGAGCUCUCUCACUUGUCCUUCAGAUCUUGCUUGGCUGAUCAGAUUCUCGGGAAACCUUCCCUCGUUCCUAACACCCAGUCGAAGCUCCCAGGUGAUAAAUUUAUUGAGAAGAUGGCCGAUCCUUGGCAGGAAUGCAUGGAUUAUGCAGUAACCCUAGCAAGACAAGCUGGAGAGGUGGUUUGUGAAGCUCUGAAAAAUGAAAUGAAUGUUAUGAUUAAAAGCUCCCCAGCUGAUUUGGUCACUGCUACUGAUCAAAAAGUUGAAAAAAUGCUUAUUUCUUCCAUAAAGAAAAAGUAUCCAUCACACAGUUUCAUUGGCGAGGAAUCCGUAGCAGCAGGGGAGAAAAGUCUCCUCACAGACAAUCCCACGUGGAUCAUUGACCCUAUUGACGGAACAACUAACUUUGUGCAUAGAUUUCCUUUUGUAGCUGUUUCCAUUGGCUUUGUUGUGAAUAAGAAGAUGGAAUUUGGAGUGGUGUACAGUUGUGUGGAGGAUAAGAUGUACACCGGCAGGAAAGGAAAAGGUGCCUUUUGCAAUGGCCAAAAACUCCAGGUCUCCAAGCAAGAAGAUAUUACCAAAUCACUCCUGGUGACAGAGUUGGGCUCCUCCAGAACACCAGAGACAAUAAAAAUUGUACUUUCUAAUAUGGAAAAGCUCCUUUGCAUUCCCAUUCACGGGAUCCGAGGCGUGGGAACUGCAGCUGUCAACAUGUGCCUGGUGGCGACUGGAGCCGCGGACGCCUACUACGAGAUGGGCAUUCACUGCUGGGACAUGGCAGGAGCCGGCAUCAUUGUCACCGAGGCUGGCGGGGUGCUGAUGGAUGUAUCAGGUGGACCAUUUGAUUUGAUGUCACGAAGAAUAAUCGCUGCAAACAGUAAAACAAUAGCAGAAAGGAUAGCUAAAGAAAUUCAGAUAAUCCCUUUGCAAAGAGACGACGAAGAUUAAUCCGAGCAGCAUCGCGUCCUCACAGUUGCUCCCGCCCAGCUGUGCUCUGCACACCGCUGGUCUUCCACAGUGCAGACGUCUGUCUCAGGUGUCUAGUCUGGUUGGUCUAAAUUAGUAUGACUUUCCAGGGUCAAAAUUUGCAGCUUCCAUAUCCUGUUGAGAGUAGGUAUAUAAGAAUAGAUGAAGUAUUUUGUUGUUUUAAAAAUCUUGUGUAUGUAAGAGUUGCAUGGAAGAAUGAUCACUUUGAGAGAAAUAAUAUAGUUUAUGAGAUAAGGUAUCUGUAAAAUAGCAAUUUUGGUUUUCUGAAAAGAAUGAGCUUCUAAUAUGUUGACUUACUGCUUCUAUAUAUAUAAAACCCUUUUUUAUUAGAAAGUGAACCAUAUUUUUGUGUGUGAUUUUUGGGCUACAGUGGUGGUUUUCAGUGGCUUCACGUGGUGUAAAAUAUCAGACUGGGGCCUCGAAUCCUUGCCUCAUGCAUACACGUAUGUUUAGCACUUUGAAAUAUCUCAUUGGAGUGCUAAAAGUUAAAGUUGGGUUUUUUUGUUUUUUUUUUUUUGCUUUUUGGGUUACACCUGGCGAUGCACAGGGGUACUCCUGGCUUUGCACUCAGGAAUCACUCCUAGUGGUGCUCAGGGGACCAUAUAGGAUGCUGGGAAUCGAACCCAGGUCAGCCAUGUUCAAGGCAAACACCCAACCCGCUGUGCUAUCGCUCCAACCCCUAAAAGUUUAAGUUUUAAGAAAAAAUUCUCUUUAGUUCUUAAAGCCAUAUUUAAAUUUAUAAAAAUUUACUUCCUCAAAUACUAUUUCUUAGUAGAAAAACUUACUUGUUUUAUUUCUUCAUGUUCAGGUAGCAUCUAUCAAAUAUAAGAGGUUAAAAAAAAUUCAUCGAAAGAAUGGAGGUAGCAAUUACUGGUAAUAGAAGUACAUGAAGUAAUUAAGUCAGCAUUCUGUAUUUAACUUCAGGUUUUGAAUUUUAGAUUAUCCACUCACUCAUUUUAUAUUUCACAUUCCUAUUUCUUAACACAUUUCACUUUACCUUAUCAUUUCAGUGGUCCGACCACCAGCUAGUCUUCCCAGUCGUGACAUUUCUGCAGAUAGUAUAUUUUUCAGAAACAGCCACAGUGUUUGUUUGGAUUUCUUUAAAAUUCAAGCGUUAAAGAGAAGAGACUUUCCCCCAGAACAAACGUCCUUCUCAGUUGUCUGCUAUAACUCGAUAGAGCGCGGUGUUAUGUUAACAUGAAGUCUUGUUUCGUGUUUGAGCCAUGCCCAGCGGUACCCAGGGGCUCCUCCUGGUUCUGUGUGUGGUGGGGGUGGGAGGUCACUCUUGGCAGUGCUCGGGGUCCGUUUCCUGGGGAUCAAGUGCUGGGCCUCCGGCGUGCGCAGUGUGCUUUGCCUGUGCUAGCCCUGCUGAGCUCCCUCUCCCCGGCCCUGAGCUUUAAUAUUUAGGUUUUCAGGGUGGGCCUGCGGAUCUGUGUGUGCACAGGAAGCCUCCACCCUGGCAAAUACACUGUUACUAUUGAGUUCAACUUUUUAUUUAUUUUGUUGUCACAAGGUUCUAUUUGCUUUUUAGUAGUUUUUGGCCUUGUCAGACUCAUAAAGAAAAUUGUUUCGGUUUAUAGAUAAUUUAAAAAAAAUGAAUUUAUUGCUAGCCUGUACCCUUGCCAUGCAAACUGUUGAUUUUUAAUUUCAGUUCAUGUUAGCACUGUUUUGCUAAAAUGAAACAUGCUAUGAAGUGUUAAAGAUAAGGGGUUAUGUAAUUGUUAUUCAUAACUAACUCAGUAAAUAGAUUAAUCUUAAGAUUUGAGCGUUAUAAUUACUGUAUUUGUACUGUUGUUCAUGAACAGUGAAAACAUAUACUGUAUUCCAAGAUAGGUUUUUUAAUGAAUUUAUUUUAAUUAAUAAGAAAUAAAAUUUUAAAUUAAAAUGUAA